GCCCCGACCUCGGUGGGCGGCUGUCGGCGGAGGCGCGCGCCGGGGCUGAGGGAGCUCGCGCCCGCUGCUGCCUCCCAUGCGGCGCCGGCUGCGGGCUCUCUGCUCGCCGCCGCGGUUGUCUGUCUGGGUGGGUUGGCGGCUACCGGGAGCCCGCCAUGGGGCGGCCGCACCGGAGCUGUUGAGGCGGCGGUGGAACAGCUGGGCAGCCCCAUGGAGGAGCGCGAAGGCGAGCUGCGCUGGGACGGGCUGUGCAGCCGCGACGCUGCCACCCGCGCCGCCGCCUUGGACACCAUCGGGCAAGCCGUUCUGCGCCGCAGCGAGACCAUCGCUCCCGUGGCGGCCGUGCCGCCUGCCCGGGCUGCCGACGGGCUCCUGGUUCCUGCCGCCCGCGACGGGCUGAGCGAGGUGCUGGCCCGCCUACUAAUGCUUUCCAAGCGCUGCCCCUUCCCCGACGUGAGAGAGAAGAGCGAGGCGAUCCUCGGCGAGGUGCAGGAACUCGGAAUAAGAAUUCCUAGACCACUGGGACACGGACCAAGCAGAUUCAUCCCCGAGAAGGAGACCAUUCAGGUGGGAAGCGAAGACGCCGUGAUGCACACUUUGUUUGCCGACUCCUUUGCUGCACUGGGCCGACUGGACAAUGUCACCCUGGUGAUGGUUUUCCACCCCCAGUACCUGGAGAGCUUUCUGAAAACUCAGCACUAUCUGCUGCAGAUGGAUGGUCCACUCCCGCUGCACUACCGGCACUACAUCGGCAUCAUGGCUGCAGCUCGACAUCAGUGCUCUUAUCUUGUUAACCUCCACGUCAAUGACUUCCUUCAUGUCGGUGGAGACCCUAAAUGGUUGAAUGGUCUGGAAAAUGCACCUCAGAAACUGCAAAAUUUAGGAGAACUGAACAAAAUGUUGGCUCACCGACCCUGGCUUAUCACCAAGGAACACAUCGAGCAACUUCUAAAGACUGAAGAGAACAGCUGGUCCCUGGCAGAGCUGAUCCAUGCAGUCGUUCUCCUCACUCACUACCACUCCCUUGCUUCCUUCACGUUUGGCUGUGGCAUCAGCCCGGAGAUUGACUGUGAAGGGGGUCACACCUUCAGGCCCCCCUCUGUCAGUAACUAUUGUAUAUGUGACAUCACAAAUGGCUACCACGGGACAGAGGAAAUCCAGGCCAGCCCAAUUGCAGCUAUUCCAUCCACAGAGUCUGUCUGCGAAGUUGAAGCUCUCAUGGAGAAAAUGAAGCAGCUACAGGAGUGCAGGGAUGAAGAGGAAGCCAGCCAAGAAGAGAUGGCUACACGCUUUGAAAGAGAGAAGAGAGAGAGCAUGUUCGUGUGUUCUUCAGAUGAGGAAUCAGCCCCGACAAGAGAUGUGUCUCGUCACUUUGAGGAUACCAGCUAUGGGUACAAGGACUUCUCCAGGCAUGGCAUGCAUGUGCCCACUUUCCGUGCCCAGGAUUACUCCUGGGAGGACCAUGGCUACUCCCUGGUUAACCGCCUUUACCCAGACGUGGGGCAGCUGCUUGAUGAGAAGUUUCACAUUGCUUAUAACCUGACUUACAACACGAUGGCCAUGCACAAAGAUGUGGAUACCUCAAUGCUACGGCGAGCAAUCUGGAACUAUAUUCACUGUAUGUUUGGGAUAAGAUACGAUGAUUACGACUAUGGUGAAAUUAAUCAGUUGUUGGACCGCAGCUUUAAAGUUUAUAUCAAGACAGUGGUUUGCACUCCUGAAAAGACCACAAAAAGAAUGUAUGAUAGCUUCUGGAGGCAGUUUGAACACUCUGAGAAGGUCCAUGUAAAUUUGCUUCUGGUAGAAGCUCGGAUGCAAGCCGAACUCCUUUAUGCUCUGAGAGCUAUUACUCGCUACAUGACCUGAUGGCUGCAGCUGCCUGGCGACGCUGGAAUGGUCUGCAGCUGCGGCGUGGCAGAGGAAGAGAGGAAGCCUCAGGACCAACGGUAGCUCCAAGUUAAGAUGCCCAUUGUGCCAUAACUCCUUUAGUUUCAGCUCUUGCCGUGUUUGGAAUCCCGCCGCUGCCCUGGGCAGGGGCGCGCAGCAGCGCUGCCUGCUGCCGGCGCUUUGGCUUUGGCCAGCACGGGGACGCUCUGUGAACUUGUGGCGCUACAGCAAGUGAUAGCUACAUAGCUCUUGUGGCAAGGCGAGCGCGGGGCGGGCACAGCGCCGCCAGCCCUUUGCUUUCCCUGCCAGGAUAACCCUAGAAACUCCUGAUGCUGCUAUUUUGUGCUGGUGGAGCGACAGGACAGCCACAGGCUGGCCCACCUCAGCCAAAAGUGAGCACUGCUGUUGUCUGAGCCUUUGUUGUGCGUGGUUUCAAACAGCAAAACAAGCCUUGCCACUCAGAUUCCUCACCAGAACUCAACACUGAUCGUUGGAAAGGUAGCAAUCGAUUUUCCUCAGAUAGUUCAGCCUUAAAAAUGCUCUUUGUGCUCAGCAUUACUUGGUGAGCUCCAAGGUGCAGUGGGUCUUCCUAUGGAAAGAAGGGGCCUCGAGUCCUCAGAGCUUCUAGAGAUCUAACUUGGCCAAGUCUCUGCUGGCUUCCUGUCCUGUUUCUCCAGGGUGAAGCACGGAGGAGCUGGGCCAAGGUGUGGGAAUGUUGUUCCAGACUGCCAAACAGUCCUACUCUGGGACAUGCCCAGCGCUGGGCUUACUGAUGAUUUCUUUUUGCAGCUGCUUAACUAAAUAACCAGGCUCAAAACAAAAGCCCAACUGUUCUAGUAAAUCAAGAGGUGAUUAGGGAUGCUGAUGUUUAAUGGGCAGUGGGGGUGGAGAGCACAUGAGUACUUUUUGUAUGAGUGUGAAUUGCUUUUAAAAUUUGUCAGUAUUAUGAGUAUUUUUUAAAUAAAGGUAACAACUUUUUCUC